UGGAAAUGAAGAAUUCCCCUAAUCUAAAUCUCACGCUUGAUGUGCAAAGCCUAAACUAUUGGAAAUAAGAUCACUGAUUUCGUGCUUAAGGAAGAACAGGAGUCGUUCAAGCUCACUCUCAAGGCUAUUAAGAGGAACUAUGAUCAUAUUAAGCUCCAAAAAUUACAAAAUAUUUUAAAGAAGAAGAAAUAGGAAGAAAUUUAAGUCGAAUAGAAGGAUUUCUGUCAUUAAGCCUAUCAGAAUUAAGAAGAAUUCUUUACUUGGGUAGGUAGGAUAUUAUAACAUAUCGUAUGGUCAUUCCUAAAUCAGGAAGAAGAUUUGCUAAUUCCAUCAGCCUUAAGAGCCAAUAUUUUAACAUGUGGUCACCAAAGAAGAGAGGAAUUCCUUCGAAUGCGAGUUUUGCAGCUGAUAUGGAUGAUACUUUUACCAAAAUCUGUGAAGGUGAAAGUUCUGUUUCAAAAUAAUUUCCAGAAUAGUCAACCUUCUUCUAGGAAGAAAAAGACAAUUAACGAUUUGCCAAGUCAACAGCCAAAGUUACUUGAGCUAGCGAGGGCAGAUUUACUAGGAAAUGAAACAAGCAAAAGAAGACCAAGUUUAGAAGGAAAUCAAAGUUUCAGAAACAAUUUAAGGAGUUUGACAAGGCCCAAAAGUCUAAACUCCUAAGAUCCCUAGACGAAAGGGACCAUCGCGUGCUUACUUUCUGAGGAAUGGUCAAAAAGAAGGACCUUUUUACUAACCAAAGUCAUCAAAAUUAUUUAAAUAACAGACUUAUCAUGGAAAAGUUUAAGCCACUGGUAGAGAUCCCUACACCAGCUGCCACCCCUUCCAGGGUUCAUCUUUAUGCAAUAGAAGGAGGAGCUGAGGGGCGAAGAAUAAGGUGGUUUAUCAGACUAAUUUGUGCCCAUUUGGAGGCAAA